CUCCAUAUCAACUUUCCUCGUGCUUAUCUAGCGCUUCCUCCCCCAUCGUACCGCCAUCGUGAAACACUAUGGUCAACUCUGAGCCACUUCUUCCCAUCAACUCCGUCGAGAUCCAAAACGGAGAUCUAAAAGAGCCGCCAAUGCCUUUCUCCUCUGAUGACCUCGAUGGCAGCAGCGGCAACCUCAUAUCCCAGUUCAUCCACUUGCUUUUCGUCUUCCUCGCGUGGACCUUCGACGCGCAGCUAUCCUUCGUCAACAUCUUCUCCGAUGCAGACCCUGCAUGGCACUGCACCAGCGGGGAUAGCAGUGGCGCCUCCUCCUGCUUUUCUGCGUCCACCCCGUGCGGCCUCCCUCCCGAGUCGUGGGCAUGGGACUUCCCCGCGCACGCAUCGAUGAUCUCCGAGUGGGCCCUCGAGUGCGCGAGUCCGACCGUCGUGGGCCUUCCCGCCUCGGCCUUCUUCGCCGGAAGCCUCGCCGGGGGCAUCCUCCUCGCCACGCUCUCUGACUCUGCGCUCGGCCGCAAGAAUAUGCUUUUACUAUCCUGCCUGACUAUGUCACUCACCGGCAUCCUCACCGCGCUCGCCCCCGACGUGUGGACCUAUUCUGCGCUCAGAUUCCUCUGCGGCUUUGGCAGGUCCACCGUCUGUACCACCGCGCUAAUCCUCCUUUCGGAAACUGUCUCCGGUCGGUGGCGCGACAAGGUCAGCAUCGUCGGUUUCUUGUUUUUCACUUUGGGCUUCCUGUCUUUGCCGGCGAUCGCCUACGUCAACCUCGCGUCAUCUUGGAGGACGCUCUACUUGUGGACCUCUGUUCCUUGCGCUUGUUACUCUGUUUUACUUUGCUUCUUCAUCAACGAAUCCCCGCGAUGGCUCUCGGUGCAGGGCGCCAACAAAAUCGAUGCCGAUGCGAGCAAGAGCAGGUCAAACUUCUCGACGAUCAAAAUCAUUUGGGAUAGAAAAUGGGCCUCCCAGCGGCUGAUCGCGUCGAUGAUCGCCGGCUUUGGAAUCGGCAUGGUGUACACCGGCAUGCCUCUGAACGCCGGCAACCUGGGGACGGACAUCUAUCUGAGCACCGCGCUCAACGCGGUGGCGGAGGUGCCCUCCGCGCUGGCCGCUUUGGUCAUCGUCGGAGUAACCGACCGGCGGCUGUCGGUGCUAGGGUUCACGGCAGCGUGCGGAGCAUUGAACAUAGCGUGCGUGUUCUUGGAGACGAAGGCGUGGCAGAUGGCCGCGGAGGUGGCGUCCUUCUUCAGCGUGUGCACGGCGUUCGACGUGCUGCUGAUCUACUGCGUGGAGAUGUUCCCAACUUGCGUGAGGGGGUCGGCGAUAUCGUUGAUCAGGCUGGCGAUCGUCCUCGGCGGUGCGAUCGCGCCGAUGCUGGUGGCGGUGGGGAGAAGGUUGAGCUUCGUGUCGUUCGGUGUGUUCGGGGUGGUGAUCGUGUUCUGUGGGAUGGCGACGGUUUGCUUGCCGGAGACGAAAGGAAGAAGCAUCCGGGACACCAUGGAGGAGGAGGAGGAAGGAGGAGAUUGCAGAAAAUAAAUCGUACAUACUGUUGCAAUUUAGUAUUUUGGUCUCUUUUAUCGACAUAGCAUUUAAAUGUGCGUGGCCUGGGUUUUGUGCUACUAAAAUACAAUAAAGACAGCAUGUAUACCCACGGUCCACCCACUAUACUAUUGCCAGAAUGGAACUGCAGACCUAAAAAAUUGAU